ACAUCACUGACAUUACGUCAUGUCUGAAUUCGUUGGUGUGAAACGUAUUUCCCCCAAAUGAUAUCGGAUAUAUUGAACUUAUGAUUGGGUGUAGAUUAGAUAAUUUCGUAUCUCGUGAUGUUGAAUUGCAAUUUUCAUAACUGUAUCUCGUUUGACAUUAUAAUAUGUGCCUAAUAUAAGUAGUCAGUCUGAACCAGUGUUGUUUUAUAAUUCAACAUCACGAUCAUCACCGUGUGAUAAUUAUGAGUUCUGCACGGUUAAAUCCUUGCAUCAGACUUCCUCUCUCUCCAGAAGUAUUGGAAGAAAUUACAUCAAAAGCAAAAGAUUGGCUUGUUAUGCAUGGAGCUUGCAUGAGAUCCAAACAUCAAUUGAAUACGGAUGAGGUACACCAUGCCCCUUUUGUUUUAUUACCAACUUCCUUCCCGCGUGACGAAUUCAAAAAAGCAAUAGAAGUGCAGGAGAUUAUUAAUGAAUUGAUGAAUACAGUUGCCCAUGAUCAUGAAUUUUUAACAGCAACCUUAAAAAGCACAAUUGAAGUGGACGAUUUCACUGCAAAACUAUUUGAAAUUUAUCAGACCGUAUUACGUGAGGGUUUUGAACAGAAACUUAGUUUAGGAUUGAUAAGAUCCGAUUACUUGUUGCACAGUCUUGAAGACACUACUAUUAAGCAAGUUGAAGUAAACACAAUUGCCUCGAGCUUUGCUGGAAUAGCAACCUGUAUCACAGAUUAUCAUAGAUACAUCUUGCAAGAAUUGGACCAUGAAAGUCAAUUGAAAAAUAUUCCCGAAAACAAUGCUCUCUCUGGUCUCUGUGAUGGAUUGGUUCGUGCUUGGGAAUUAUAUAAUGUUGAAUCGGCUGUUAUAUUAUUUGUUGUCGAAGAUACGACACUCAACAUAUGUGAUCAGAGGUUUCACGAAUUUGAAAUCCGAAAAAAAAAUUCUAAAAUUAAAAUUCUUAGAAAAUCUUUAGGAGAAUUGGCUUCUGAAGCCCGCCUUGGACAAGUUCGAGACUUAAUUGUAGGAGACUUCACAGUAGCCGUAGUGUACUUUCGCUCUGGUUAUGAACCAGCACAGUAUCCUACUCAGAAGGAAUGGGAGGCAAGGUUAUUGAUAGAAAAGUCCUCUGCCAUAAAGUGUCCAUCGAUACACUAUCACCUGGCUGGAACCAAGAAGGUUCAACAAGAACUGGCCACACCUGGUGCACUAGAAAGAUUUCUGAAGGAUCAAAGUAUUUCCGAGAAAAUACGAAAUGUAUUCACUGGCCUUUAUUCACUAGACUUUAAUAUGGAGGGAGAAAAGGCAGUUGAAAUGGGCUUGAAAGAUCCAAACAAAUACGUUUUGAAGCCACAACGAGAAGGGGGGGGAAAUAAUGUAUAUGGCGAAGCUGUACGCCAGAAGUUAGAAGUCAUGAAAGACUCUAAGGAACGAACAGCAUGGAUUCUUAUGGAUUGUAUCCGUCCUCCUUUGCAAGAAACUUAUAUAAUACGGCCGGGCAAUCCAAAUGAAGCUGAACUACAGGACGUCAUUACUGAACUAGGAAUAUAUGGAGUAAUUAUUGGGAGCUCAAACACGAUAAAGAUGAAUAAGCAAGUCGGUCAUCUCCUUCGAUCUAAACCAGCAAGUGCAAACGAAGGUGGAGUCGUAAUGGGUGUAGGAGCUCUCGACAGCCCUUAUCUUAUAUCUUAAAGAUUAUUACAACUUGCCUUGUCACUUUAGCAAAUUUGUAAAUUGGAAAGAAUAGAUUGUACAGGGGUGACUAGGUACUCAAGUUUUUAAAUUUUAUCUAACGAUGAUAGCCUUGAGAUAUCUUAUUCAUUAAUAACUCAAUCGGGUUUAUUGAAUCAAAUGAUUCUAUUUCAAAUUUUCUGUAUUUUCAUUCAUUCCGUAGCUCAUAUUUCUGGUUAUGUGCAAUACUCUACUCUUACCCUUACGGUUACAAUGAAGGUUACUGUACUAUUUAUCGUUAUUAGGCAUCACUACUACCGUUGUUACUAUUGUUAUUAUUGCGAACGACUUUCAAUUCAAUUUAUGGUCAUGAGAGAAUGUUCAACAUUUGAUGUUGAUAAAAUUGCAUAUUUUUCAAAAUGUAAUAAAAAAUUUAUAUUUUUAUAGAGUUUAUGAGUAUUGGUGAAUUUGCACAUAUUUAUCUUAAUAAUGCAAAUCUAUAAUUAGAGAAUAUUGAAUGUACAAUCCAGACAUUAACUGUCUCAUUGCAUAGUUUUCUGUUUUAUUCCCAUACGUACAGAUAGUAUAUUUGCAUCAUUACUGCUGAAAGCAAUAAAUUUUCGACCAACAUACGAAAAUAUGCAUGUAUAUUGUAUAUAUAUGUAUAUGUAUGUACAUAUUAUUUUUAGAAUAUUUGGGGCCUAUAUUUGUUGCACUAAACUACUCACUAACUAGUAGUGUUGGUUUUGUAAGAUUGAAUAUUUUAUUAUUAUUAUGAGAUGGAAAUUUUAUAUUAAAAAUUUAUUGGCAAGUAUAAUAAAAAAUUAUAAUUGAAAAAAAAAA